AUGGCGGAAAUGAAGGAGAUGAUAAAAUUGUUUGCUGAAAUGAUGUCGAAGCAACAAGGUAACACGGGGGUUCAUGCAAAAGGGAUGAUGAAAGAUCCAAAAAGGACUUUCAAACCAGGGAAAGAGAGGGAAGAGAACUACAAUAAGGUGAAAUGUUCGAUUUCGAUAGGUCAACCGUGUUAUGUCAAGUACUAUGGCCCAAGAAGAGAUCGCCAAGCCAGAUGGGUUUCUGCGAUAGUUGUUCGAAGAUUAGGUCAAAGACACAUAUUGGUAAAAUCGAUCCCACAUGGUCUUCUAUGGAAACGACACGUAGAGCAAAUCCGUCCUAAAUACGGUGCCAACCAAGAUGGCGACCCAGAGGAAAUCACUAGGACCCAGACCCAAGUUGUUUCAAGGCAUUCAAUCGUCAAACGUACCACGCCUGAAAGUAGUCAAGUGCUUUUCGACCCGAUAUCUCUCCCAAGAAGAUCGGAACGUAUACAUCAUAAGUUUGCCCACAAACUUUAG